AAACAAAAUUUUUAGCAUCUCUGACAUUACAAAUUACUCAUGAAACGGUGGCAUCAAAGUAAAGAGACUGCAACAGAAAAGAAUGUUUGUCUACCCUUUUAAGGAACCUCAUAGUUAUUAUGCACACACCAAAAUGGCUUUCAAGCUUCUUCCCAAUCCUUCUCCAUUCUUUUUCUUUCUCUUUUUUGCUUUUUUUUGGCUGUGCCAAUCCUUGCCCAUUCAAACUGCAAAAGAGGAGAUAGCUAGGCCAUCAAAUCUGUCUGCUACCCCGGUGCACCUGAAUAUUCAAGAUGAUCACGUGGUGAUAGACAAUGGCAUACUCCAACUCACACUGUCAAAUCCCGGAGGAACUGUCACCGGAAUAACAUAUGGUGGAAUUGAAAACUUGAUCGAACUGCAUAAUCAGGAAUUGAAUGGAGGGUUCUGGGAUCUUAAUUGGAGCGAAGCAGGAAGUCCAGGAACAAGGGGAAAGUUCGAUACGAUUGAAGGAACGAGUCUUAGAGUCAUAGUGGAAAAUGAGGAACAGGUGGAGCUUUCAUUCCUAAGAAUGUGGGACCCCUCAGUGCAGGACAACAAGCAUUCCCCCUUAAUAAUAGACAAAAGGUUUAUAGUGCUUUGUGGUAGCUCGGGAUUUUACUCCUAUGCAAUUUUUGAACACUUAGAAGACAUGCCUGCUUUCAACCUUAACACUGCCAGGAUUGCAUUCAUGCUCAACAAAGACAAGUUUCACUACAUGGCCAUAGCAGAUAACAGGCAAAGAUGGAUGCCUCAUCCAGAUGACCGGUUACCAGGAAGAGGCCAACAACUGGCCUACCCAGAAGCAGUCCUACUUGUCAACCCUUUGGAGUCUGAAUUUAAAGGAGAAGUGGAUGACAAGUACCAAUACUCAACUGAGGACAAAGAUAAUCGGGUUCACGGGUGGAUAUGCUUUGACCCCCCUGUGGGGUUCUGGCAAAUCACACCCAGCAAUGAGUUCCGAACCGGUGGACCCUUCAAACAAGACCUAACCUCCCAUGUCAACCCAACAACCCUUGCUAUAUUUGUCACUUCUCAUUAUGCCGGACCAGAUCUUAUAGUAAAAUUUGAACCUGGUGAGAUAUGGAAAAAGGUUUUCGGUCCGGUUUUUAUCUAUCUCAAUUCUGUGCCGGAUGAAAAUAAUGCGCUUUCACUUUGGGACGAUGCAAAAGAACAGAUGAAUAUUGAGGUCCAGAGCUGGCCCUACAAUUUCCCGGCUUCUGAAGAUUUUCCACCAUCUGAUCAGAGGGGCCAAGUUAGUGGUAGAUUACUAGUCCAAGACAGGUAUAUUAGCAAGGACUAUAUACUACCAAAGGGUGCUCAUGUGGGGUUGGCUCCACUAGGAGAUGUUGGAUCUUGGCAAAGAGAAUGCAAGGGCUACCAAUUCUGGACCACAACAGACGAAGAAGGCUAUUUUACAAUUAAGAAUAUACGUGAAGGCAACUAUAAUCUUUUUGCAUCGGUCCCCAGUUUUAUUGGAGAUUAUCGAUACGACGUUGCUGUUAAUGUAACUGCAGGCUCUGCAGUUGAUACGGGUGAUCUUGUGUAUGAACCUCCAAGAGAUGGUUCCACAUUGUGGGAAAUCGGCAUUGCGGAUCGUUCGGCUGCUGAAUUUUAUGUUCCUGAUCCUAAUCCAAUGUACAUAAACAAACUUUAUGUAAAUCAUCCUGACAGGUUUAGGCAAUAUGGGUUGUGGGAGAGAUAUACAGAUUUAUAUCCUGAUGAAGAUUUAGUGUACACCAUUGGUGUUAGUGACUACAAAAAAGAUUGGUUCUUUGCUCAAGUAACCAGGAAAAUAGGUGAUAACACAUACAAAGGAACUACGUGGCAGAUCAAAUUCACACUUGAGAAUGUAGAUCAAAGUGAAACUAUUGGUACCUACAAAUUAAGACUCGCACUCGCAUCUGUACAUAACUCUGAAUUGCAGGUUAGGGUUAAUGAUGAAGAAGCAAAUCCUCCUUUAUUUACAAGUGGAGUAAUUGGGGGAGACAAUGCAAUUGCAAGGCAUGGAAUUCAUGGAAUAUAUUGGGUUUUCAAUGUGGAUAUACCAAGCAGUCAGCUCAUGCAAGGAGGGGAUAUUAAUUCCAUUUAUCUAACCCAAACAAGGAAUAACAGCCCUUUUCAAGGGAUCAUGUAUGAUUAUAUUCGUUUGGAAGGCUCUCCUGAUUCUACUUCCUAGCUUUUUUUAUAAAAAAAUCUCAUUUUACUUGGUCAUUCAAGAUUAGAAAAUUAACCCUUUAUAUUUCAGACUACCUCAGUUUUGGUCCCAAUUAAUUAGUGAUGGGAAAUUAGGCCAUAAAUCCCUCCUAGCUUCUUUUUCUGGUUAAAAGGACAAAAAUAAAUAAAUUAGUACUUUCAAAAGCCCCCUUCAUAUUAUAAAGUCUUGUAUGAAGGACAAAAUUUAUUAUUUGAAUAUUUUAUUUGACUAUUA